ACACAGUGUGUGCUGCGGGACACGGCUAUUUUUUCCACCUUUCUCCUUCAGGACCAUCAGAGGCUCCAGUUCUGUCCUUCAGUAAGAAUCGAGCCUAUUCUUGCACGAGCUUUGGACUCCUGAUAUACCCAGAAUAUCAUCCUCAAAGAGCAAACACCACAUUGCCUGUUACACUUGAAACCUUCACAGCCUGGCAAUGUGAAGGUGGAGUUAAGAUUAUUAGCAGUAGCAACCUACAGCUUUGGAACUUCCACAUCUCAUCUUGCAAAUAUUUUGGAAUUGACAUUGUGGAAAGUCUUGGAAACACCUCUGUUGCCAAUAGUUUUCUACUUGGUCACUUGCAUGAGAAGGAUGGAACUUGUAUGCAGGCAGGACUGAAAACUCCCAAAAGGCAUGAACUAUUGAUUUCAAAUACAACCUUUAUGAAUUUUGACAUUCCCAAUUGCACUGCAAUCGCCACCUGUUCUAGUUGUUACCAAGGUCAAGGCGGAUUUGCUGUGAGGUCUGAACAAGUGCUACUUCUAAAUGCCCCAAAUUGGAUAUCGUUCCCAUUUCCUCAUUGUGCGAUUCUUAAAGAUCUAGAUGGCACAAUCACAGGGCAAAGGGGGAGCUUUCUCCUCCCUUCUGUGGAUACACUUCCAGAUUCCUGCUUGGCGAGUGUCAAUGCCAGUCAAGUUGCCAGUGGCAGUCUUUGCCAUGGAAAUGUUACUUUCCACCGUAUGUCUAUUGGCCUAAAGGCCCCGAUCUGUCCUUAUAAUUUAAAAGUGACUGAUAGUCGCAAUAAGACAACCAUGGUCAGUUAUGUCUCUGACACUCUGUCAAAUGCAAAUGGCUGGAUGGUUCUUCUUUUGGAUCAGGAGACUUAUAUUCUGUCAUUUGACAACCCUCUGCUGAGUGAAAACUUGCAGUAUACUGCUACGUUCAAUAAUUUCACAGCUGGGAAUUAUUUAUUGCUGGAACAUGAAGUCCGAUCAUCCCACAUCAAUGUUACAGUGACCUGUGGUACACAGAAAGGAUCGCCACUCUUGUCGUUACCUUCACAUAAGCACAAUAAAGGCUGUGACUGGUUUUUCAAUUGGGAAAGAAGGAAGUUAACUUAUUUAGUUACAGGUCAAGGCGCAGUCCAAGUGGCAUUCCAAGCAGAAGUCACACUCCCUUUACCAGUGCCCGAUCCAAUUCCUCCUCCUCCUCCACCACCUCUUCUGAGAUGGUCACUUUCUGAGUCUUGGGAUGGUGUGACAAAGGGCUGGGGUGGCUACAAUAAGAGCAUACCAUCAACUGGUCAAGACGUCAUCAUUUUGCCUGGCCGAAGCAUCUUUGUGGAUACAACCCUUCCUCGUGUCGAGGCCUCUAUAUCCAGGGCACACUGGAAUUCCCAUCAAAUUCCAGCAAUGCACUUAGCGCAGCCUGUAUUGUGA